AUGGAAUUGGGAGCUAAUUUGAACUUAAGCGGUAUUUCACCUAACACUGUUGGUGUGGAAGCAGAUCAGGACGAGGAUUACCACGUAGACAGCAUUUCGGUUCCGAGAAUGAAGAGCAACGGUGGUCAACCGAAAUCCGUUCAUCGUUCCGGUUUGUGUUCCGCUUAUGAAUUCAGUAGUUUCGGUCAUUUUCAUAUCUUUGAAAUUCAUUUCUGUCAACAGUUUAAUGAAUUUGACUUCUCCAAACUGCCACCGGAGUAUGACACCACGUCUGUUGCUGUCCUGGAAUGUCUUAAAUGUGAUGCAGCAGACUUUGCGUUCAAGAACGAGAUCGGCGAGAAAGUCACAGUUUCUGCUAAACCGAACACCACUUUGCCACUUGCUUUUCCGUAUUUUAGUGGGAAAAUUGAAACUGUAGCUGUUACAGAAGAUGAGAAGGUGGUACCCGUGGUGCGGAUGGCGGACAUUGGAGCUGCUCCUUUCACUCCGACGCCAAUUUCUAUUUUGUCUCUCUCAGUGGCGACAAAAUCACGAAAAAAGUAUAAACCACCGCAACCUACCAUAAAGACGAAUUCAACCACCGGUGGUUCCGAGCAGAUGUGCCCUGGAAGUAGCGACAGUGAUAACACCCAGGGUUCUCGACCAAGUGUGCUGAAUCCCUUGGAACAGGAUGAUGAAAUGCCAGCUGAGAAGGAGAAAGUGGAAGGCUCGAGUUCUGCUAGUAGUCGGCCUAAACGACAUUCAGUUGGUGAAACUCUGGAUUGUUUAGCCCAGGACUCUUCUCUUUCCUCAACGCAGGUUGCUGUUUCAAGUCUUAAAUCUUCAAACAUGGACAGCGAUGUUGAUACAGCACUCGUUGAUGAGUUACAAGCAGAGAACUCGAGACCCGAAGCUUUUGGAACUGAAGCCGGUGCUCUGCCUAUUCCGGAAGAUUCAAUAAGAAUUUCAGAUGGUCCGGAGGCUCAAAAUUUGAUGGAUCCAGUGCAUACUAAAUCAAGCCACCGCUCAACUUCCACAGACGAUGUGAGCAGUGUUGAAGAGAGAGAGCAGAUUUCUGAAAUAGAGAAGAUAGGUUCUGGCACGAGGCCGAAGAGGUGUCCCAUACCGAUGAGAUCUCAUGGAACUGGAAAAGUAAGAAAUCUCUCACUUGUGGACAGUGCUGUUACCACUUCUACUUCAAAACACUCUCCAACGUUGUUAAAUGUUCGGCGAUCGUCACGUUGUCAUACCCUUUCGACAAAAUUACGUGAUUUUGAGCAUGAAGUGAAAGGCAGCGAACCCUGGAAACCGUCGAAGCGUGUGGAUCCGAAUUCUGCUCUGAGCAUAUUGCGAAGAGUAUCAAAGUACACUCGCCCACCUAGGUCUCCAUCGCCACAGCCAUCGACAGUGCUAGUGUCUGAUAUUCAAGAUGUUAAACCAUUGUUAACUGCUCAUCCUGUUGUCAUUCCAUCGGAUGAGAACGUCACCGAAGACUUAAAGCGAAGUGUUCAAGUAGAACAAAGCGAUGCUGCAGAUGUAAUUGGAAUGAAGAGGGAACUAGUAACAAAUGACACGCCCUCAGAGAACGUCGAUUCUGUUGCGCCGUUGAAAUCACCUACGUCAUCUAAUGAGUUUGACAGCCAUACACGGAACGAAACCGUUGUUUCUCAGACAACUAGCACAGGAAGUGCUGCAUCGUCAUCAUUAGCGCAAGCUGGUCGAAUCUCUUCUCGAGCAGUUCGUCCGUCUUCCCGUUUCGUGAAUGCUGAUUUUGUUUCACCGUUACUGGACAGGAAAUUGAGUCGCUUGACAUCUAAUAGUUCCGAAUCGGUUUCUCACGCUAGCACUGCAGUGGAAUGCUCUGUCGAAGAUAACAGCAACGCAAAGCCUGACAAUAACGAAGUCAAUGACAACCAGAAGACAAGUGAUUGCAAAGAGGCUGAUGAUUUGUCAACCGAUACCGUUCAGCCCGGGCCGUCAAAACCUCUACCUGGCAAUGUACCACUACACUCUAUGGAAACCCGCAGACGUUCUAAGAGUAAGAAAACCCAUGGCGUGAAAAUCAAGUUGAAAAUAUUUAACUUUGGAAACUUUCCUCGCGUUCGCGUUGUUGAAGAUACCAGCAGUAGCAAAGUAGAAGAGGAGGUCGCUGUAUUUACUCCUGAACCUACACUCAAGAAGAAAGCUUCAGUGAAGAAGUAUACUUCUCCGUGGUCUCACUACAUACCAUCCAUAAAGCCAGUACUCGGCAACAUUUACUAUGGUGAUGGAACCGUUGAAAAGCUGGGUGUUUCUGUUAACGCGGUAAUGGAUCGUUUGCUAGCAGAAGUUUGUCAAGAUGGCAUUACUCGUCACUCUGCUAUUGUAAACAAACGAGAGAAGAGAAAAAGAAUGGAGCCGUUUCAUCAGCAUGAGCUUGCCUUACGAGCUCGAAGUGGAAAGCAUACCCUGCUACAGAAAGACUUUCACUACCCAUCACUGAAACGUGGGUCGAAAGCUGAGAUUAGAAAACACGAAGAGCUUCGUCGCCAGCGUUCUCGGAAAGUGAUGAGUCAAUUAGCUGAGUCGACACGUCAAAGCGAAGAGAAAUCCAACCUUUCACGAUUUGGCUCCGCCCAUCCUUCAGGAAAAUAUGAUUUUCGCUCUAAACCCCGAGAUCUUUCUCCUGUGGACCGCGAAAAAGAAGAGCGAUUGCGAUUAGAAGAACAACAGCGUGAAAAACAGAGAAGGCUCACCAUGCCGAUUUCCUUCAACACAUUUCUCUCGUCGAAGACAUCUGUCCUAACAGCUCAACCUCUCUUGCAGCCGCAAAGAUCAAGCAAUCGAGCUCCCAUUCCUGAUCACUUCUAUCGAGAAUUAUUAUGUGAAUAUAGUGGUGCACGCGAACCGGUUGAAGAUUCAUGGAACGACUUCGAUAUGGAUGUUGACGACGGUAUCGAUGUUACUACUAUAGAAGCCGUACACAUACCAAAGUUGGACGAUUACGUUGCACCUCCUGUUUUGGAUCAAAGCGCCGAACCUGUUGCGAUCGCCGUUGAGAAGAUGCUUAUGAGGCCUAGCCUGUAUGCUGAAGAAGACGGCAUAUCCUAUUUGCAUGAAAGAGCUCUGGAGCAGCCGGAACUACGUCGUAACCUCUUGUUAAUGGCUACUGAAUGUAUUUCCGCUCUGCAUAUAGCCCAACUGUCAGCCGUUGGUCGUGAAGCAGCCGUAGUCGUGUACAACGUGGUUACUUUUCAAGCUAGUAAAAUGCGAGAUGUCAUAUGUAUGUUCAGUAAGAACUGUCAAGUGAAGUCAAUUGUUCGCAGUACACAGAACGAUUCGAAUCCUUGGCCCGAAAUUACUCGUAUUGUUGGAAAAUAUGUGGAGUCUAACGUUAUAGAGCCCGAUGCAGCUGACUUAGAUCGAACUAUUGUGCAAGCUUCUCUCUCUGACGUUGUGUUCGUAUUAGUGGCCCCUAGUAUUUCCAUUGGAGACUUCUCUGUGAGAGAUCGUCACUACGAUCCCGUGUUCAGGUGGCUGCGUGAAAUCGGUAACCCUGGAUCCGUCUUGGUACGCGUAAAAAUAGAUGAAACAUCCUCGACUACGAUAAGUGACGUAUUUUUCACCGCUGUCAACAUUAUUUCUACUGUCGUUACUAAAAUGGUUAGAGACUACAGACAGAAACGAGUUGUACUUGUUGGUUGGGGUACUACUUGCUGCUUUAAUCAUGUGGUUUUGAACUCAGUUCCUGGUGUUUCGGCAAUAAUCGAUCUCGGAUAUCCGCUGUUAACAAUAGAUGGUCCUCGAGGGGAGCCUGACGAUGAUAUUUUGCUCACCUACUGUCCUACUCUUUUCGUAGUUGGUGCACAAGCAUGCGACUACCAUCCUGGUUUUAUGAAAAUGAUGCGUUCUAACAUGAUAACUGGCAACGAGAAACCCGUGAAAUCCACAGAAGAACGUUUGUUACUAUUGGGUAAUUUUAAGGAGCCUCGUCCACCAGCAAAGAGUGGUAAGGUUGAUUUCUUAUUCUACGCUAAGUAUUUUCUCUAG